AUGACGACGCGCUUAUAUCUCACUUACAUAACCUUAAGAAGCUUCACAAGUCAUUCUUUAAAACAAAGUCAUCUCUUUCUUCUCUGUUUUCAGAACAUGAUUCGUCCUCGUGUGGAGCUGAGCGACUUCAAACAUGAGAGACGUUCAGGAAGCUACGUAAACUCGAUCAUCAUCGUCGUCGACACAAUAUCUGAUGAGAUUCAAGUUUCUCCAAGCGUUCGCGUAGAUAUAAGUCUCCCUAGUUUCUUAGGUCGUCACCGCAUCCGAAGGCUCAUCCAAGAUCAACUCAUCAACCGCCGUUGGUUAUCCCCGAAGAUCUCAAGGACUGCAACCAAGUUAGGGUUUAGCCGCAGAGAGGUUCUCCAAGAUCAAUUCGCUAGCCACCGUUGGUUGUCUGAUAAAUUAGCCCCAGGGAUCUCAGAGAUUGCAGCAAGGUUAGGUUUUGGUUGUAACAGUUUAAUUGUGACCAUCACUGUCAAGAUAACCCCUUCUCCAUCGAAGGAAGAGGUGUUAACGAGGAUGGUUCAACUAGGGAAGAUAAGCAAAGAGGAGUUGAGGAGUUCUAAGAUGGAAACAGAACCGUGUUCUAUUUGUCUGGAUAAUCUUGUCUCCGGUAAACAUGGUGUCUCUACACGCAUGACCUGUUCCCAUGUCUUCCAUGAAAAAUGUCUAUUGGUGUGGUUUCAACGCAAAAACACUUGCCCCUUGUGUCGGACUGUGCUGUACGAUCGAUUGAUGAUUGGGAACAAAGGGAGUAGAAAUUAGGGGUUCAUCUAUUGAUUCAAAACUUGGGUGACACGUUUUAUAUAUUGUUAUAUGUUAUAAUUUUCGUAACUGAUUUGUAAUUUUUGUGCGUUUGAAUCAGUUCAAGAUGUUUAAAUUUUGAAUAACAUCAUUACUUCUUAUUACAUAAAUCUCCAGUCAUUCACAAUUCAAUGGUUUUAUGUUAACAUACAAUUCUUAAAGCCUUAAUACAAAAUAGUCUUAAUCGACGCCCAAAGGAAUUUGAUAAGAACUUUGGUGUAUAUUCAAGAAUAACCGCCCAACCACCCCUCUUAAUCUCCACAAGCGGAGGAUUAAGCCAAGUACAAUCUUGUAUCUCUCUCGAGAUCACAAGCCAAUGACACUACCAAAUGUAUGCGUAACCGUAUUGUAAUCCUAUUGGGUCCUUUUAUACAUAAGGCCCAAGUACAUUAUUUGAUUAAUGAAAAUAUCUUCUUUCUUUAACUCCAA